GGAGGGGACUAAAAGCCCGGCGAUGCCUGUCGACAGCCUUAUGUCGAUAUGCUGUGCUACAUUCUGCUCUGUAAUGUAAAUAUGCAAUGGGAAAUCAAAGUAUUCUUGGUAACUUUGCCUAGCUUUGUCCACAAACAUUUGCGUCAUUUCCAGCAGGCAGCCUUUUCUGCCAUCUGCUGGUCUGCUGGGCACCUGCCACCCUCAGCUGGGUGCCAGGUCUGAGUGGGCCCAUCCACAGUGACCAUGACCUGGUACCGCUGCUAUGUUCGCUGGCGGCACGGCGCGCGCCGGCCAUCGCGCAUCCUGCUGGUCAUAGGCUGCCUGCUGCUGCUGCUGGCCAUGCUGCUGCUGGGCCGGCUGCGCGCUGCCACACAGCACGCGCCCGCGCCUGCGCCGCUCGGCCAGCGCAAGUACGAGCGUGUGCGCGCCCUGGUGGUGCCGCCGCGCGUCGACCCGCGCAACCAAGGCCGGCGCAAGGGUGAGGACGCGCCACUUGGCGGCGCCCGGCCGGACUCGAACCUUGCGCCGGCGUUGCCAGAUGUCACCCCGGCCGGCGUGCGGCCGGAGGUGGCUGCACUCUACCGGCUCGCCGAGUUCACGUGUCUGCGCAGCGGUGAGCAGCUGCCACGCGCCCGGGUGAACGACGACUACUGUGACUGCGCCGACGGCACUGACGAGCCCGGCACGGCGGCGUGCGCCAACGGCGUGUUCCACUGUCGCGGCCGCGACCUGCCGGCCAGCAGAGUCGGCGAUGGCGUGUGCGACUGCUGUGACGGCAGCGACGAGGCCGGCGUUGGCCGUCCCGCCUUCUGGCUGCCGGAGGAUGUGCAGCGUCGCCUGGGUCACCGCCAGGCGCCCUGUCCCGACACGUGCUAGCCGGUGGUGUACUGUGCUCUGCGGCGCACCGAGCUGUGUUGCGAUGGUUUUGCUACGGAGGGUUUCGGAUUCGGCGGCGAGGGUUUAUUCCUGUGCGUCGCAGCGUGGGCAUUGCUCUCAUGCGCCAUGCGCUCCCGCUGUGGUAUUCUGACUGCGAAUAGAAGUGAAGCAGCAGCUGUGCAUGGUAGCUGUGCUCUUACUUUCUCGCUUCCUUUCUCAAGUGUUGUUGGUAUUUCUGAGUGUUGCGUUAUGUCAUGUCCUCGUAUGACAGAAACGUUUGUUGUGAAGCGGGUUUCGUGGAGCGAGCACAGGUCAUACUGUGAAGUUAAGCGCAGGAGGUCAGGUCGUAUGAUCUGUUUUCUAUCGUUGGGUCAGGUCGUGUGACCUGUUUUGUAUCGUUGGGAUAAACUCGUGAAGUACGUUAUCCGAGGUGGCGGAAUUGUGCACCCCACGCUCAUUUGCGGUCACGUCCAUGCCGGGUGUACCGCCGUUUCCCAGUAGUGUGACGUAAACAGGGAAGUGAGCUCUC